AUGCCCCGAGCCGCCCCGCUCGCGCUGCUGCUCCUGCUGCUGCUCGCCCUGGCCCAGCGCCGCGCCGGCUCCGCCGCGCCGGCCAGCGCCGCGCCCCCCGGCGAGGACCCGUGCCUCAGCCAGCCGUGCCGCAACAACGGCACCUGCUCGGCCGCGCCGCCGCCGCCGCGCCCCGCCGCGCCCCGCCGCCUCGAGCCGCCGCAGGCCGCCUACCGCUGCACCUGCCCGCCGGGGGUCAGCGGCGCCUCCUGCCAGUUUGUUUCAGAUCCUUGUGCCAGCAACCCCUGUCACCAUGGAAACUGCAGUGCCAGCAGUGAUGGCUUCCUCUGUGUCUGCAGCGAAGGCUACGAAGGGACAAACUGUGAGCGCCCAUUUCCUAACCCGACAGUCUCUGAACGGACAGAGUCGUCAUCACCCAGGCAAAGCAGCCCGGUCUCCUCCACCUUGGAGCCCGACAUUGUGCUUCCUCGCUCAAGAGCAACUGUGACACUACCCACAUGGCAGCCAAAGGCUGGACAGAAAGUUGUAGAUCUGAAAUGGGAUGAAAUAGAGAUAAUGCCAGAUGUAGCUUGUGGAAAUGCUAGUUCCAAUACUUCUGCUGGAGGCCGGCUUAUCUCCUUUGAAGUUCCACAGAACACAUCAAUAAACAUAAGGCAAGAUGCUACAGCUUCUCUUAUCCUGCUAUGGAAAGUGACAACAACUGGAUUCAAGCAGUGUUCCCUUAUAGAUGGCAGAAGUGUAACUCUCCUCCAGGCACUUGGUGGACUUGUUCUUCCUGAAGAAAUGCUUGCAUUAGGACACAACUACUUUAUUGGUUUUUUGAAUGAUUCGGUUACUAAAUGCAUUGUGGCUCUACGCUUGACUGUAGUAGUGAAAGUCAGUACCUGCCUGCCUGUGGGCAGCCAUUCGGACAGCUUCGAGUGUUCAGGGAAAGGAAAAUGUAUCACACAAGCCGGUGAGGCAACUUUUUUCUGUGACUGUGAGGAUGAGUAUGUGGGUGCUCUAUGUGAAGAAUUUGAUGCUUGUCAAAGGCAGCCCUGCCAGAACAAUGGAACCUGCACAGAUGUAAUACAGAAACAUGAUGGAAAGAAUUUCACAUGCACCUGCCCGACUGGUUACACUGGAGAACUAUGCCAGUCGGAGAUUGAUCAUUGCAUCCAGCAGCCAUGCCAGAAUGGAGGUACCUGCUCAUCCAAUAUCAACGGAUUCAGUUGUCAGUGUCCAGAAGGGUUUUUAGGAACCUCUUGUGAAGAAAAAAUAGACCCUUGUGCUUCAUCUCCCUGCCAGAACAAUGGAACUUGUUAUGCAGAUAGACUUGCCUUCUCCUGCAGUUGUAGUCCUGGAUUUACGGGACCUGUGUGUGCUCAGCUGAUUGACUUCUGUGCUCUGAACCCUUGUGCACAUGGCAUUUGUCGCAGUAUUGGAACUAGUUACAAGUGCCUCUGCAUCCCUGGUUACCAUGGCCUUUACUGUGAAGAGGAAUAUAAUGAAUGUCUUUCUACCCCCUGCCAAAAUGGAGCUACCUGUAGAGACCUUGUCAAUAGCUAUGAAUGCACAUGCCUUGCUGAAUAUGAAGGAAGGCAUUGUGAAUUAUACAAAGAUCCUUGUGUUAACAUCAACUGUCAGAAUGGUGGCACUUGUGACAGUGAAGGUCUAAAUGCUACUUGCAUUUGUUCACCUGGAUAUGCAGGUGAAGAAUGUGAAAUUGAUGUAAAUGACUGUGACAGCAACCCAUGUCACCAUGCUGGGACUUGCAUAGAUCAGCCCAAUGGUUAUACCUGUCACUGUCCACAUGGGUGGGUUGGCGCAAACUGCGAAAUACAUUUGCAGUGGAAGUCUGGGCAUAUGGCAGAGAGUCUAACGAAUAUGCCCCGUCACUCCCUGUACAUCAUCAUCGGGGCUCUCUGUGUCGCCUUCGUGCUGAUGCUGAUCAUCCUGAUUGUGGGCAUAUGUCGCAUCAGCCGUAUAGAGUAUCAAGGCUCUUCCAGACCAGCCUAUGAAGAGUUUUACAACUGUAGAAGCAUUGACAGUGAAUUCAGUAGUGCAAUUGCUUCUAUCCGACAUGCCAGAUUUGGCAAGAAGUCUCGACCUGCAAUGUAUGAUGCAACCCCAAUUGCUUAUGAAGAUUACAGCCCAGAUGACAAACCUUUGGUUACACUGAUUAAAACAAAAGAUUUGUAAUCUAGUGUAUCUUUUUUGGAUUAUUUUUCAAAAGGAUGGGCUACUAACCUAAUUUAAAUAUUUUUAAGAAGAAAGCCUAAGCAAUUUAAAAUGUUAGAUGCUUCAGAAUUUUCUGUAGAAUAUUUAAGAACCAAUUUUCUGCAGCUUUUAGUUUGGAACAAUAUUUUAAAACAGAAUUUGUGAACUUCAUGGAUUACAUUUUAAUGUACCUUGAGCUCUAUAAACUAUAAGCUUACGAUAGUGUGUGCUUUUUUCUUGGUAGACACUAUUACUAAACCCAGAUGAUGAGUUUCUUGUGGUUGUUACAGAACAGAAAACAGUAAUUAAUGAAGAGUUCUUUGACAUGUCAGUGCCAGCUUUCUCAGUAGAGGUAGGAAAAAUGUGAAGCAUAAUAUGAUACAUAAUAUAUCCAUUAAUUAAAAAGAAGUCUAAAAUGUUUGUGUUGUGAAAAAGAAACUAGUAAAAUUUAUUAUUCCUAAUCUGAAUGAAUUAGCUUUUGCCUUAUUCCGUGCAUGGAUAGAUAACUUAUUUCUGCAUUGUUUCCUGGAAGUUGCUGAAACAUACUUUUGAGUUGAUGUUUGAUAUUUUUGUAAUAGUAUUCAAGUUGAGCCUUGUAUAAUAAUUGAAGUGCCUCUUCAGGCAAAGUAAUGGCAUGAUCCACUAAACAUUGAAAUCAAUGAGAAAACUUCCAUUGAAUUCAGUGGACAUGGGAUUGGAUCCUACAAUUGGACUGAAUCUAUAUUUUUCUUUAAAGGUUCAAGUUUUUUAUAUUGUGAGUAAACUAAGCAUUUAGUUUGAAUUGUUUGUUUCCCAAAGGUUGUUAAUGUACA